UCCUUUCCUUGUAUGACAAAAGCAAACACUCCUUACAUAAAACUGCUCUCCCCUUCAUAGUCUCUGUCCUUUCUCUCCCAUUCUCAAAUUAACGGAAGCACUCUCAGCAAUGGAUUUAGAGAAGAACAAGACUCUACCUGUCACUGAUCCCUCCAGCAAGCCAGAGAAGCUGCAAAAUGACUCUGUCAUGACCAGGAAAGGAGCUUAUGCUGCCAUUUCUUACAUGGCUAGUGCAGUUCUCUUGGUGAUGUUCAACAAAGCAGCGCUUUCUUCUUACAAUUUCCCGCAUGCAAAUGUUAUAACACUUUUUCAGAGUCUUUGUUCAUGUUCAUUUCUCUAUGCGAUGAGACGGUGGAAGAUCAUAUCGUUUAGAACUGCUGAAUCCAAUAGAAUUAAUAAUAACCCAGCAAGCUUUGUACCUUUUAAGACAUUGUUUCACACCCUUCCUCUGGCACUUUCAUACUUGCUUUACAUGCUGGUCACAAUGGAAUCUGUACGUGGCAUAAAUGUUCCCAUGUACACCACUCUUAGGAGAACUACUGUGGCCUUCACAAUGAUUGUGGAGUAUCUUCUUACUGGCAAGAGACAUUCCUUGCUUGUUAUUGGCAGUGUGGGGAUAAUUAUGCUUGGUGCAUUUAUUGCUGGAGCUCGAGACUUGUCAUUUGAUGCCUAUAGCUAUGGUAUUGUGUUCAUAGCGAAUAUCUGCACAGCAAUAUAUCUCGCUUCCAUAUCUCGAAUUGGUAAAUCUAGUGGCCUUAAUAGCUAUGGUCUUAUGUGGUGCAAUGGAAUAAUAUGUACGCCAAUCUUGCUUGUCUCAACAUCAAUAAGAGGAGACCUGAAAGCAAUGAUGAAUUUCCCCUUUCUAUUAUUCCCAGGAUUUCAGGUUGUGAUGCUUCUAUCCUGUAUCAUGGCUUUCUUAAUAAAUUAUUUUGUAUUUUUGAAUACAACACUGAAUUCAGCCCUCACACAGACAAUCUGUGGUAAUAUGAAGGAUCUUUUUACUAUUGGACUUGGCUGGAUACUUUUUGGUGGGCUUCCAUUUGAUGUGUUGAAUGUUAUUGGCCAGACUCUUGGUUUCUUCGGAUCCUGUUUGUAUGCUUACUGUAAACUCAAAGGGAAAUAAAUGGAAGAGCUGCUGCUAAUAUCUGCAUGCUGGAGCUGACAAAUUUUAAUUUUAAUAUAACAGACUUGAGAAAUCAGGCUGAACGUCUGGGGCAGAUAAUUUUCCUUUGUAGGACGCAGGCUGCUUUUGAAAUUUAUGAGAAGAACAAGUUGUGUAAGGCCCUUCAAUAUACUCAUGACAGGAGAGUGGUGGAUUUGAGUUAUACAUUAUUUAUUUUGUUUAAGCUGAUCUUAGAAAAAUAAAGAUUCAACGAUAGAAGAAGAAUAAUUGAUGCUUUCAGGAGUGGCAUAAUUUUGAUUUCAGUUGAGCUCUUUCUUGGGUCCUUUGUCUUUUGUCCUCAACUUUUGGUAGACAAUAGCCUUGAUGGUUUUCUUUUGGUCUGUAAAUAGAAUUAAACCCAUGAUUGAUCCCUACCCUCCCCGUCAAUGGAUGCUAGCACCAGUGUGCAACAAGGUCUUAAUUAGUUGAUUCUGCA